UUCAAUCUAGAGAUCGAGAGAGAGAGAGAGAGAGAGCGGUUCAUCAGAUCAGAUCGAGGAAGGUAGAGUCUCUGAUCGAUCACCAUGGUGGUGGCGCUGGGUCCCGGCCGGUUCUACGGCAGCAGCCUCCCGCGGCCGCGCUUCUUCGCCGGCGGCGAGCGCGUCGAGCCCCCGGUGCCCGUCACCGACCCGCUCCUCGCCUGGGCGCACGAGGCGCACUGGUCCAUGGGCGGCCUCAGCUCCAAGCGCCUCCGCCUGCAGGGCCGCAUCGAGGGCUCCAUCGACAAGCUCCGCCGCCGCGUCCGCCGCGACGCCAGGGCGAAGGCCAAGACCCGCGCGGCCGGCCUCAAGCCCGACUCGCUCGCCGCGCUCGGCUCCGACGACGACUCGUCCGACGAAGAGGCCGAGGCCCAGGAGCGGAACUUGAAGCGGGAGCUCGCCGACGAGCCGUCGGAGUCGGAGGAGGAGCAGGAAGAGAGCGAGGAGGAAGAAGAGGAUGCCCUCGCCACCAUUGCCGCCGCGGCCAAGAGGAAGCGUGCGAGGAAGCUCAGCGACGAGUUCGACCGCGUCGCGACCCUGCAGGAGGGGGAGCCCAAGAAGCAGCACAGGGCUGCAGCCUCCACACUGGCGAGGACUUCACCGAGGAGGAAGACCACCGAGGCGGCUCCCACCCCGGCAGCCGCAGCACCGGCGAGGGCUUCUCCGAGGAGGAAGGCUGCUGCCGAGGCGGCUCCUGCUGCACCGGCGAGGGCGUCACCGAGGAGGAAGAAGGCUGCCGCGGUGGCUUCCACGCCGGCGACUGGGGCAAGGAGGACCUCGCCGAGGAUGAAGCACUGAGAGAUGUGGCUGCUUGCUUAAUGUGCAAUUCUAGUUCUUGAUCCGUUAGAUUGGUAGCUCUAGAGAAUCGAGAUGCGAUUGAUGGAUAUGUGUAAUGUGUUUGUGCCUCAGUAUGUAGUGAUGAAACCGAUGAAAUAUGAUAAUGAAUUAACCCUGAAAUAACGCAUUUCCAGUUCUGAAUUAUGAACAUCCUGCAUUUCUUGUUUAUGUACGAUUGUGUUUUGUUUGA